ACAGUUGAAUCCUUACAAGAGCGUUUAGAUGAGUGUUCAGUGAAUGCAUUGAUGGAUUAAUCUCAGCUGACGAUUUUAUAAAGCAGACUCCGUGGUGCAUAUUGAGGGUUGUUGCUGAGGAUGGGGCUUUGGUUUGUGAUGCUGUGGGUGUUGAGUAUGCAGUAUGGUGAGGUGGAUGCAUUCUUUGAUUGGCUGAAUAAGCCUGCACCCGCUCCUACUCCUGCUCCUGCUCCUCCACAGGAAUCUAUUGCCCCAAUUCUGCUGCAUGGAGAGACGCCGGCCUUUGAAAUGAGUGUUGUUGAUGAGAAGUUUUUGGCAGAAGCGAAGCAGAUGGAACUCAGUCCUCUGGAUAGCUGUCAUUUCCGGGUUGUUGCUCAGCUCAAAGCUACGUGCAGCGGCCUAUCAGAGGAGCAGUUGGCCAAACUGGGCGUGGCUUUGUUCAACUGCCAAUCAGAGGUGGAGGGUCGCAGGACUUACCCUUGCACUGAAGAAAUGUCUAUAAAAGAGUGCACAGCAGACAUGGACUCAGACACGUGGAAUGCAUAUCACAUUGUCAGUAACCGAGCACGAUCCGUGUGUUACGCCACGCGCCAGCAGCACUUCCGCAAGCGGGCAGAGCUAACCGUCAACGCCCUGAUCUCUACAGCAACUAGUCAACUGGAUGCCAUGAAAGACCUAAAGGAGGGUCAGAAAGAGCUGAGGGAGAUGACCGCUGCAUCACUGGACAAGCUGCUGGAGGGUCACAGUGCACUACAGCUCCAGCAGGGGGCCCUAAAGGAAGGACAAGAGCAGCUAGAUGCCUCCAUCAGUGAAAACCUGCAGAGACUGGCGCAGGAGAAAGCUCUCAUCAGCACCGGCCAGCAGCUGGUGGCUCAGUUAAUUCAGGGCAUUACACAGAGAAUGGAGAAUGUAAGCGGGCAGCUGAAGAAUCAGAGCGCAGAAGUGCAGGAAGGACAUCAGGCGAUUCUUGAUGACCUGGCUGUGGUCCGAGGAAGUGCUCAGGACAUCUACGAAAAAAUGGAGCUCAAUCUGAACGGCUUCCUCCAGCAACAGAACACAACUGCUAAGUUCUACUCUGAGCUCAUGAGCAAACUGGAGCGCAUGAAUGGAACUCUGGGAUACAUGCUGACAUAUCUGGACAAUAUGCAGAAUCGGCUGGAGGACAGACUGCAUAUGAUUCAAGGCUAUCUUGGCUGGGCAGGCCUGAGUCUCCGUGCCCUGUGGACGUGUGUGAUGCAUGCUGUUUACUUCCUGUUGUCUGCGGUGCUGCUGUCGUUCCUGCAGUGUGCCACGUUCUCCCGCGUCGCUCUGCUCCUCAUGGUCCCAAUCAAUGCAAUUGCAGAGAUCAACCAGCAGUCUGCCCUCGACUUGGUCACCCUCACUUUGCUGCUGUUCACACUUUCUCUAGGCCGCUGGUUUGUCCUGCAGAUGCUCUGGGCGUUGUCUAAAAUGAAGGGCCAGCCCUGCAGCCCUGCUCCUCUCCCUAUAGGCCCUCCUAAAGAGAUGACUCCAGAAAAAGAGAGCCUGUCAACUGAGCGCUUCCAUGCAUCGUCCUCCACUCCUGUCCCAAAUGACCCAGACUGUGAUUUGGAGGUGGAGAGCUUCAUGAUGGGUGAUCCAUACAUAAUGUCCAUGUCCCCAUCUCAGUCUCAUGCUCCACCAAAGUUCAGUCACCUCAAUCCAGGCACACCCAGCCAUUCAACCCCCAGACUCAAGAGUCGCCACAGCAUUGGAGCAGCAGUGCUGGACAAUAUUCCUCAGAGGAACCUAGGAGGUGUGUUGGAGACCAUGGGCCACUCCCGAAGCUCAAGCCCCAACCAUUCACUUGCCAGCAACAGUUCUUUUUCAGGUCGCUCACUGUGCAGCGGUAUCACUCGGCUGGGUCAGCCAUGCAAAAAGAGGGCUCUGGUGGGUCAAGACUACUGUAGGCUACAUGAAGGUGGCCACACCUCCUACAGUCGACUCUGAAAUGGAUUCAGCAUCUCUUGUCUUCAGAUGGACUUGGUUUCUGUUUACAGAAGCAUUUGCAGAAUGUACAUUGAAUGCUAAAGCACUUUUCUCUUUUAAACUGUUGAAUCAUGGUAGUUUGUCUUUUUGGUCAUAGUGGGUUUUAUUUCAUGUUUGUUGUUGUGCUGCUUCUAGAUGUAUCCUGCGUUAUUUAUAAUCAAUUAUGAAAAGUAAGAUUCACUUUUAAAUUUGCAAGUACUUAUCUCACCAUGCUGUGUGCAGAUGUAUUUUGUCUUUUAUUAAAGCGUUUUUGGAAGAAAUUGUUCUAGUAAAUUAAGUAUGUGUGUCUUCUGAG